AUGGCAAUUGCUAACUUUAGAUGCUUGGUCUUGGCAAUGCUUAUGGCUACCAUUAUCCUAAUCUCUGGGAACCAUCAAGUCUCAGCCCAAUGCCAAGCUUCUAUUCCAAGCCUUGCUUCACAAUGCUUGAGCUCUGUUCAAAGAUUCGGACCGAAAAUUCCACCUUCCGCCGAAUGUUGUGCGGUGGUGAAAGGUGUUGACAUUCCAUGUGUUUGUAAGCUUGUCACCGGAAUGUUUGAAUUUAUCAUUAGCAUGGAGAAGGUUGUCUAUGUUGGACGAUCAUGUGGAUUAACAAUCCAGCCCGGAACCAUAUGUGGAAGCUAUACAGUUCCUUCAUCAUGA